AGUUUGUAAUGUAUGUGAAAGUCUGUAUAGUAAUAUUAGCACUAGUUACAAUGUUAUGUGAAUGUGUCAGUGCUUUAAAUCAAAACAAGUUUGUUGGAAUCAGAAAUAAACUAAAUUUUGUAGAUAAAACUUUACUGAUUAGAGAAAUUUUGAAACACAGGAUAGUUUUCAUAAGUGCUCCUAAAGGUUUUGGAAAGUCCACAAAUCUUGAAAUGAUCGGUUUGUUCUUAUCGAACCGCCACAAAAAGAGUGAGAUAGCGAUACAUUUCAAAGAAACUAAAAUAUCAGAUGAAAAGGAAUUUGUAAAGGCUCACCUCGGUGAGUACCCAGUGAUCCAGUGCGAUCUUUUAGCGGAAAGUGAUUUCACUAGUUUUGAGUCAGUACUAGCCUCAUUUAAAGAGUCACUUCACAGUGCCUUUGUGGAGCACAGAUACUUACUAAAGAGUGAGAAAAUCCCUAAGGAAAUGAAGACUAUUUUGAAACAAUACACUAACUUAACAGAUAUUCUACAAGCGAACAGCACCGAAGAAGUCGUUGAAGGCCUGGACUUUCUAUCGGAAAUACUUCACAAACAUUAUGCCAAACCUGUAGUAUUGUUGGUAAACGGGUUUGGCCAAGCAGUGACCGAAAAUAUUAUUCAGAAAAGUGAAGAUGUCACUUCUAUUUUAAAUCUGUACUCGUUGAUGAUUCGAACCACGUUUGUAAAUAGCAGUACAAUUUCUCAUGUGGUGUUAAGUGGGGAGACUUGGCUCUACGGACUAAAAGGCACACCUUUGACUUUAAUAGAUUACGCCGGUUUCCUGCAAAGACCAGAGUUUAGUCUCUUCUACGGAUUCACUCACAAUGAAGCAGAUGACCUGAUGAGGAGAUUUAAAGUUCAAGGGAUCAAAGAGAAGAGGCUUACAAGUGGUUCGGCGGAUACUCCAGCCUUGAUGGGAAAGUUCAAGUGUUCAAUCCAACUUCAUUACUUAAAUUUCUCCAAUACAAACAUUUAAAAAAGUAUUGGAUAGGUUCCCAGCUAGGUACAGACUUGAUUGAAUUAAUGCUUCAUGAGUUAAAUUUCAAGAAUAACUUCACAAAUUUAGUAACAAAUGGAAGUUAUUCCAUAAAAAUUAAUCUUGAAAAAGACAUGCGAUUAGUGUGUUUGGAAAAUCUUAAAAACAAAAUUACACAAAUACCGGAACACUGUGGAAAUUUCUUCUAUCGAGUUCUUUUGGAAGCAGGGUAUCUAACAUUUAUGGAUAAUCAGGGUAAAGACAAAAAGAAUGUGGCUUUAGCUUUGCCGAAUGAAGAAAUUCGUUCUUACUUUAACCGUUACAUUUCAAAAUUUAAUGUUGUACAGUGGCAUAAUGAAAGUUUUGUGAAUUUGGAACAGAUAUUGUCAAAAACGUAACACUGGUGAUGUUGAUUACUUGGUGUGGAUAAUGUUUUCAUUGAGUGCCUAAGUAAGACAGUCAGAAAGAACGUUGUUUGAACACAACAAAAGGAUUGAUAGUACUAUACCCCCUUGUGCAUGUAAAGUUCUAGUUGAUUGGAACAUCCAUCAAGUAUUAGAGAUGAAUACACCUUAACGCUUGUGGUACAAUAUAAAAAUCAUGCUAUAUCUACAUUAGUUACUUGUGUUAUUAGGAAUGUGUCACUAAUGAUGUGUUAGUAUUUUUAGGUAAUGCAACCAGCUAUAGGUUAGAUAUCUUUAAUUUUCUAGUCACAGCUUUAUAAAACAAAUUUCAUGUUAAUAGGAAAGAUAGAAAAAUAAUUGUUAUUACCCCUAAGGACUUAGGUAAUUACCGUAUAAUUCUUAGGUAAUUUUUAAACCACCUCGAGGAAAAUGGCUGAAGUUAAGGUGUAAUUUUUUAAAUUACGUUAAUAAAUUAUGACAUCAGGGGAUCAUACAUUAUUUAAUGAUUCAAAACUCAAGGAAAUGCCAUAUUUAAUUCCAAAAAGUACUACUUCUGGGAAUUGCCUUUUCCACAGAAACAUGUUAUCCACAGAAAUCUGUAAUAAAUCUGUAAUGUAAAAUCUGU